CGCAGCGAGCAGAGGAGGUGAACAUGAGUAAACAUGAGGGGUUGAGUGGAGCAGUGCAGCGAGCAGAGGAGGUGAACAUGAGUAAACAUGAGGGGUUGAGUGGAGCAGUGCAGCGAGCAGAGGAGGUGAACAUGAGUAAACAUGAGGGGUUGAGUGGAGCAGUGCAGCGAGCAGAGGAGGUGAACAUGAGUAAACAUGAGGGGUUGAGUGGAGCAGCGCAGCGAGCAGAGGAGGUGAACAUGAGUAAACAUGAGGGGUUGAGUGGAGCAGCGCAGCGAGCAGAGGAGGUGAACAUGAGUAAACAUGAGGGGUUGAGUGGAGCAGUGCAGCGAGCAGAGGAGGUGAACAUGAGUAAAAAUGAGGGGUUGAGUGGAGCAGCGCAGCGAGCAGAGGAGGUGAACAUGAGUAAAAAUGAGGGGUUGAGUGGAGCAGCGCAGCGAGCAGAGGAGGUGAACAUGAGUAAACAUGAGGGGUUGAGUGGAGCAGUGCAGCGAGCAGAGGAGGUGAACAUGAGUAAACAUGAGGGGUUGAGUGGAGCAGCGCAGCAAGCAGAGGAGGUGAACAUGAGUAAACAUGAGGGGUUGAGUGGAGCAGCGCAGCAAGCAGAGGAGGUGAACAUGAGUAAACAUGAGGGGUUGAGUGGAGCAGUGCAGCGAGCAGAGGAGGUGAACAUGAGUAAACAUGAGGGGUUGAGUGGAGCAGCGCAGCGAGCAGAGGAGGUGAACAUGAGUAAACAUGAGGGGUUGAGUGGAGCAGUGCAGCGAGCAGAGGAGGUGAACAUGAGUAAACAUGAGGGUGGAGCAGUGCAGCGAGCAGAGGAGGUGAACAUGAGUAAACAUGAGGGGUUGAGUGGAGCAGCGCAGCAAGCAGAGGAGGUGAACAUGAGUAAACAUGAGGGGUUGAGUGGAGCAGCGCAGCGAGCAGAGGAGGUGAACAUGAGUAAACAUGAGGGGUUGAGUGGAGCAGUGCAGCGAGCAGAGGAGGUGAACAUGAGUAAACAUGAGGGGUUGAGUGGAGCAGUGCAGCGAGCAGAGGAGGUGAACAUGAGUAAACAUGAGGGGUUGAGUGGAGCAGUGCAGCGAGCAGAGGAGGUGAACAUGAGUAAACAUGAGGGGUUGAGUGGAGCAGUGCAGCGAGCAGAGGAGGUGAACAUGAGUAAACAUGAGGGGUUGAGUGGAGCAGUGCAGCGAGCAGAGGAGGUGAACAUGAGUAAACAUGAGGGGUUGAGUGGAGCAGCGCAGCGAGCAGAGGAGGUGAACAUGAGUAAACAUGAGGGGUUGAGUGGAGCAGUGCAGCGAGCAGAGGAGUGCAGCAAGCGAGCAGAGGAGGUGAACAUGAGUAAACAUGAGGGGUUGAGUGGAGCAGUGCAGCGAGCAGAGGAGGUGAACAUGAGUAAACAUGAGGGGUUGAGUGGAGCAGUGCAGCGAGCAGAGGAGGUGAACAUGAGUAAACAUGAGGGGUUGAGUGGAGCAGCGCAGCGAGCAGAGGAGGUGAACAUGAGUAAACAUGAGGGGUUGAGUGGAGCAGUGCAGCAAACAGAGGAGGUGAACAUGAGUAAACAUGAGGGGUUGAGUGGAGCAGCGCAGCAAACAGAGGAGGUGAACAUGAGUAAACAUGAGGGGUUGAGUGGAGCAGUGCAGCGAGCAGAGGAGGUGAACAUGAGUAAACAUGAGGGGUUGAGUGGAGCAGUGCAGCGAGCAGAGGAGGUGAACAUGAGUAAACAUGAGGGGUUGAGUGGAGCAGUGCAGCGAGCAGAGGAGGUGAACAUGAGUAAACAUGAGGGGUUGAGUGGAGCAGUGCAGCGAGCAGAGGAGGUGAACAUGAGUAAACAUGAGGGGUUGAGUGGAGCAGUGCAGCGAGCAGAGGAGGUGAACAUGAGUAAACAUGAGGGGUUGAGUGGAGCAGUGCAGCGAGCAGAGGAGGUGAACAUGAGUAAACAUGAGGGGUUGAGUGGAGCAGUGCAGCGAGCAGAGGAGGUGAACAUGAGUAAACAUGAGGGGUUGAGUGGAGCAGUGCAGCGAGCAGAGGAGGUGAACAUGAGUAAACAUGAGGGGUUGAGUGGAGCAGCGCAGCAAGCAGAGGAGGUGAACAUGAGUAAACAUGAGGGGUUGAGUGGAGCAGCGCAGCAAGCAGAGGAGGUGAACAUGAGUAAACAUGAGGGGUUGAGUGGAGCAGCGCAGCGAGCAGAGGAGGUGAACAUGAGUAAACAUGAGGGGUUGAGUGGAGCAGCGCAGCGAGCAGAGGAGGUGAACAUGAGUAAACAUGAGGGGUUGAGUGGAGCAGUGCAGCGAGCAGAGGAGGUGAACAUGAGUAAACAUGAGGGGUUGAGUGGAGCAGUGCAGCGAGCAGAGGAGGUGAACAUGAGUAAACAUGAGGGGUUGAGUGGAGCAGUGCAGCGAGCAGAGGAGGUGAACAUGAGUAAACAUGAGGGGUUGAGUGGAGCAGUGCAGCGAGCAGAGGAGGUGAACAUGAGUAAACAUGAGGGGUUGAGUGGAGCAGUGCAGCGAGCAGAGGAGGUGAACAUGAGUAAACAUGAGGGGUUGAGUGGAGCAGUGCAGCGAGCAGAGGAGGUGAACAUGAGUAAACAUGAGGGGUUGAGUGGAGCAGUGCAGCGAGCAGAGGAGGUGAACAUGAGUAAACAUGAGGGGUUGAGUGGAGCAGUGCAGCGAGCAGAGGAGGUGAACAUGAGUAAACAUGAGGGGUUGAGUGGAGCAGUGCAGCGAGCAGAGGAGGUGAACAUGAGUAAACAUGAGGGGUUGAGUGGAGCAGUGCAGCGAGCAGAGGAGGUGAACAUGAGUAAACAUGAGGGGUUGAGUGGAGCAGUGCAGCGAGCAGAGGAGGUGAACAUGAGUAAACAUGAGGGGUUGAGUGGAGCAGCGCAGCAAGCAGAGGAGGUGAACAUGAGUAAACAUGAGGGGUUGAGUGGAGCAGCGCAGCGAGCAGAGGAGGUGAACAUGAGUAAACAUGAGGGGUUGAGUGGAGCAGCGCAGCGAGCAGAGGAGGUGAACAUGAGUAAACAUGAGGGGUUGAGUGGAGCAGCGCAGCGAGCAGAGGAGGUGAACAUGAGUAAACAUGAGGGGUUGAGUGGAGCAGCGCAGCGAGCAGAGGAGGUGAACAUGAGUAAACAUGAGGGGUUGAGUGGAGCAGUGCAGCGAGCAGAGGAGGUGAACAUGAGUAAACAUGAGGGGUUGAGUGGAGCAGUGCAGCGAGCAGAGGAGGUGAACAUGAGUAAACAUGAGGGGUUGAGUGGAGCAGCGCAGCAAGCAGAGGAGGUGAACAUGAGUAAACAUGAGGGGUUGAGUGGAGCAGCGCAGCAAGCAGAGGAGGUGAACAUGAGUAAACAUGAGGGGUUGAGUGGAGCAGCGCAGCGAGCAGAGGAGGUGAACAUGAGUAAACAUGAGGGGUUGAGUGGAGCAGCGCAGCGAGCAGAGGAGGUGAACAUGAGUAAACAUGAGGGGUUGAGUGGAGCAGUGCAGCGAGCAGAGGAGGUGAACAUGAGUAAACAUGAGGGGUUGAGUGGAGCAGUGCAGCGAGCAGAGGAGGUGAACAUGAGUAAACAUGAGGGGUUGAGUGGAGCAGCGCAGCGAGCAGAGGAGGUGAACAUGAGUAAACAUGAGGGGUUGAGUGGAGCAGCGCAGCGAGCAGAGGAGGUGAACAUGAGUAAACAUGAGGGGUUGAGUGGAGCAGCGCAGCGAGCAGAGGAGGUGAACAUGAGUAAAAAUGAGGGGUUGAGUGGAGCAGCGCAGCGAGCAGAGGAGGUGAACAUGAGUAAACAUGAGGGGUUGAGUGGAGCAGUGCAGCGAGCAGAGGAGGUGAACAUGAGUAAACAUGAGGGGUUGAGUGGAGCAGUGCAGCGAGCAGAGGAGGUGAACAUGAGUAAACAUGAGGGGUUGAGUGGAGCAGCGCAGCAAGCAGAGGAGGUGAACAUGAGUAAACAUGAGGGGUUGAGUGGAGCAGCGCAGCAAGCAGAGGAGGUGAACAUGAGUAAACAUGAGGGGUUGAGUGGAGCAGUGCAGCGAGCAGAGGAGGUGAACAUGAGUAAACAUGAGGGGUUGAGUGGAGCAGCGCAGCGAGCAGAGGAGGUGAACAUGAGUAAACAUGAGGGGUUGAGUGGAGCAGCGCAGCGAGCAGAGGAGGUGAACAUGAGUAAACAUGAGGGGUUGAGUGGAGCAGUGCAGCGAGCAGAGGAGGUGAACAUGAGUAAACAUGAGGGGUUGAGUGGAGCAGUGCAGCGAGCAGAGGAGGUGAACAUGAGUAAACAUGAGGGGUUGAGUGGAGCAGCGCAGCGAGCAGAGGAGGUGAACAUGAGUAAACAUGAGGGGUUGAGUGGAGCAGCGCAGCGAGCAGAGGAGGUGAACAUGAGUAAACAUGAGGGGUUGAGUGGAGCAGCGCAGCGAGCAGAGGAGGUGAACAUGAGUAAACAUGAGGGGUUGAGUGGAGCAGUGCAGCGAGCAGAGGAGGUGAACAUGAGUAAACAUGAGGGGUUGAGUGGAGCAGUGCAGCGAGCAGAGGAGGUGAACAUGAGUAAACAUGAGGGGUUGAGUGGAGCAGUGCAGCGAGCAGAGGAGGUGAACAUGAGUAAACAUGAGGGGUUGAGUGGAGCAGCGCAGCGAGCAGAGGAGGUGAACAUGAGUAAACAUGAUGGGUUGAGUGGAGCAGCGCAGCAAGCAGAGGAGGUGAACAUGAGUAAACAUGAGGGGUUGAGUGGAGCAGCGCAGCAAGCAGAGGAGGUGAACAUGAGUAAACAUGAGGGGUUGAGUGGAGCAGUGCAGCGAGCAGAGGAGGUGAACAUGAGUAAACAUGAGGGGUUGAGUGGAGCAGUGCAGCGAGCAGAGGAGGUGAACAUGAGUAAACAUGAGGGGUUGAGUGGAGCAGUGCAGCGAGCAGAGGAGGUGAACAUGAGUAAACAUGAGGGGUUGAGUGGAGCAGUGCAGCGAGCAGAGGAGGUGAACAUGAGUAAACAUGAGGGGUUGAGUGGAGCAGUGCAGCGAGCAGAGGAGGUGAACAUGAGUAAACAUGAGGGGUUGAGUGGAGCAGUGCAGCGAGCAGAGGAGGUGAACAUGAGUAAACAUGAGGGGUUGAGUGGAGCAGUGCAGCGAGCAGAGGAGGUGAACAUGAGUAAACAUGAGGGGUUGAGUGGAGCAGCGCAGCGAGCAGAGGAGGUGAACAUGAGUAAACAUGAGGGGUUGAGUGGAGCAGCGCAGCGAGCAGAGGAGGUGAACAUGAGUAAACAUGAGGGGUUGAGUGGAGCAGCGCAGCGAGCAGAGGAGGUGAACAUGAGUAAACAUGAGGGGUUGAGUGGAGCAGCGCAGCAAGCAGAGGAGGUGAACAUGAGUAAACAUGAGGGGUUGAGUGGAGCAGCGCAGCAAGCAGAGGAGGUGAACAUGAGUAAACAUGAGGGGUUGAGUGGAGCAGCGCAGCAAGCAGAGGAGGUGAACAUGAGUAAACAUGAGGGGUUGAGUGGAGCAGCGCAGCGAGCAGAGGAGGUGAACAUGAGUAAACAUGAGGGGUUGAGUGGAGCAGUGCAGCGAGCAGAGGAGGUGAACAUGAGUAAACAUGAGGGGUUGAGUGGAGCAGUGCAGCGAGCAGAGGAGGUGAACAUGAGUAAACAUGAGGGGUUGAGUGGAGCAGCGCAGCGAGCAGAGGAGGUGAACAUGAGUAAACAUGAGGGGUUGAGUGGAGCAGCGCAGCGAGCAGAGGAGGUGAACAUGAGUAAACAUGAGGGGUUGAGUGGAGCAGCGCAGCGAGCAGAGGAGGUGAACAUGAGUAAACAUGAGGGGUUGAGUGGAGCAGCGCAGCAAGCAGAGGAGGUGAACAUGAGUAAACAUGAGGGGUUGAGUGGAGCAGCGCAGCGAGCAGAGGAGGUGAACAUGAGUAAACAUGAGGGGUUGAGUGGAGCAGUGCAGCGAGCAGAGGAGGUGAACAUGAGUAAACAUGAGGGGUUGAGUGGAGCAGUGCAGCGAGCAGAGGAGGUGAACAUGAGUAAACAUGAGGGGUUGAGUGGAGCAGUGCAGCGAGCAGAGGAGGUGAACAUGAGUAAACAUGAGGGGUUGAGUGGAGCAGCGCAGCAAACAGAGGAGGUGAACAUGAGUAAACAUGAGGGGUUGAGUGGAGCAGCGCAGCAAACAGAGGAGGUGAACAUGAGUAAACAUGAGGGGUUGAGUGGAGCAGCGCAGCGAGCAGAGGAGGUGAACAUGAGUAAACAUGAGGGGUUGAGUGGAGCAGCGCAGCGAGCAGAGGAGGUGAACAUGAGUAAACAUGAGGGGUUGAGUGGAGCAGUGCAGCGAGCAGAGGAGGUGAACAUGAGUAAACAUGAGGGGUUGAGUGGAGCAGUGCAGCGAGCAGAGGAGGUGAACAUGAGUAAACAUGAGGGGUUGAGUGGAGCAGCGCAGCAAGCAGAGGAGGUGAACAUGAGUAAACAUGAGGGGUUGAGUGGAGCAGCGCAGCAAGCAGAGGAGGUGAACAUGAGUAAACAUGAGGGGUUGAGUGGAGCAGCGCAGCGAGCAGAGGAGGUGAACAUGAGUAAACAUGAGGGGUUGAGUGGAGCAGCGCAGCAAGCAGAGGAGGUGAACAUGAGUAAACAUGAGGGGUUGAGUGGAGCAGCGCAGCAAGCAGAGGAGGUGAACAUGAGUAAACAUGAGGGGUUGAGUGGAGCAGCGCAGCGAGCAGAGGAGGUGAACAUGAGUAAACAUGAGGGGUUGAGUGGAGCAGCGCAGCGAGCAGAGGAGGUGAACAUGAGUAAACAUGAGGGGUUGAGUGGAGCAGCGCAGCGAGCAGAGGAGGUGAACAUGAGUAAACAUGAGGGGUUGAGUGGAGCAGCGCAGCGAGCAGAGGAGGUGAACAUGAGUAAACAUGAGGGGUUGAGUGGAGCAGCGCAGCGAGCAGAGGAGGUGAACAUGAGUAAACAUGAGGGGUUGAGUGGAGCAGCGCAGCGAGCAGAGGAGGUGAACAUGAGUAAACAUGAGGGGUUGAGUGGAGCAGUGCAGCGAGCAGAGGAGGUGAACAUGAGUAAACAUGAGGGGUUGAGUGGAGCAGUGCAGCGAGCAGAGGAGGUGAACAUGAGUAAACAUGAGGGGUUGAGUGGAGCAGUGCAGCGAGCAGAGGAGGUGAACAUGAGUAAACAUGAGGGGUUGAGUGGAGCAGUGCAGCGAGCAGAGGAGGUGAACAUGAGUAAACAUGAGGGGUUGAGUGGAGCAGUGCAGCGAGCAGAGGAGGUGAACAUGAGUAAACAUGAGGGGUUGAGUGGAGCAGUGCAGCGAGCAGAGGAGGUGAACAUGAGUAAACAUGAGGGGUUGAGUGGAGCAGUGCAGCGAGCAGAGGAGGUGAACAUGAGUAAACAUGAGGGGUUGAGUGGAGCAGUGCAGCGAGCAGAGGAGGUGAACAUGAGUAAACAUGAGGGGUUGAGUGGAGCAGUGCAGCGAGCAGAGGAGGUGAACAUGAGUAAACAUGAGGGGUUGAGUGGAGCAGUGCAGCGAGCAGAGGAGGUGAACAUGAGUAAACAUGAGGGGUUGAGUGGAGCAGCGCAGCAAGCAGAGGAGGUGAACAUGAGUAAACAUGAGGGGUUGAGUGGAGCAGCGCAGCGAGCAGAGGAGGUGAACAUGAGUAAACAUGAGGGGUUGAGUGGAGCAGCGCAGCGAGCAGAGGAGGUGAACAUGAGUAAACAUGAGGGGUUGAGUGGAGCAGCGCAGCGAGCAGAGGAGGUGAACAUGAGUAAACAUGAGGGGUUGAGUGGAGCAGUGCAGCGAGCAGAGGAGGUGAACAUGAGUAAACAUGAGGGGUUGAGUGGAGCAGCGCAGCGAGCAGAGGAGGUGAACAUGAGUAAACAUGAGGGGUUGAGUGGAGCAGCGCAGCGAGCAGAGGAGGUGAACAUGAGUAAACAUGAGGGGUUGAGUGGAGCAGUGCAGCGAGCAGAGGAGGUGAACAUGAGUAAACAUGAGGGGUUGAGUGGAGCAGUGCAGCGAGCAGAGGAGGUGAACAUGAGUAAACAUGAGGGGUUGAGUGGAGCAGUGCAGCGAGCAGAGGAGGUGAACAUGAGUAAACAUGAGGGGUUGAGUGGAGCAGUGCAGCGAGCAGAGGAGGUGAACAUGAGUAAACAUGAGGGGUUGAGUGGAGCAGUGCAGCGAGCAGAGGAGGUGAACAUGAGUAAACAUGAGGGGUUGAGUGGAGCAGUGCAGCGAGCAGAGGAGGUGAACAUGAGUAAACAUGAGGGGUUGAGUGGAGCAGUGCAGCGAGCAGAGGAGGUGAACAUGAGUAAACAUGAGGGGUUGAGUGGAGCAGUGCAGCGAGCAGAGGAGGUGAACAUGAGUAAACAUGAGGGGUUGAGUGGAGCAGUGCAGCGAGCAGAGGAGGUGAACAUGAGUAAACAUGAGGGGUUGAGUGGAGCAGUGCAGCGAGCAGAGGAGGUGAACAUGAGUAAACAUGAGGGGUUGAGUGGAGCAGUGCAGCGAGCAGAGGAGGUGAACAUGAGUAAACAUGAGGGGUUGAGUGGAGCAGUGCAGCGAGCAGAGGAGGUGAACAUGAGUAAACAUGAGGGGUUGAGUGGAGCAGUGCAGCGAGCAGAGGAGGUGAACAUGAGUAAACAUGAGGGGUUGAGUGGAGCAGUGCAGCGAGCAGAGGAGGUGAACAUGAGUAAACAUGAGGGGUUGAGUGGAGCAGUGCAGCGAGCAGAGGAGGUGAACAUGAGUAAACAUGAGGGGUUGAGUGGAGCAGUGCAGCGAGCAGAGGAGGUGAACAUGAGUAAACAUGAGGGGUUGAGUGGAGCAGUGCAGCGAGCAGAGGAGGUGAACAUGAGUAAACAUGAGGGGUUGAGUGGAGCAGUGCAGCGAGCAGAGGAGGUGAACAUGAGUAAACAUGAGGGGUUGAGUGGAGCAGUGCAGCGAGCAGAGGAAGUGAACAGCAGGGAAGGAGUGGCACAGCACUUGGAGUUAUGCCUGGGGUCUAUAAAAUAUAUUCUGGCACUUUCUGGCCAAUUUUCCACAUGCAUAUCCUCGCCGUUUCUCCUCAUCUCGGUCCUCUUCCCGUUUUUCCCAAUGGCUGCCGAAUCGCCUGACAGCCAUCCGGCAGGACCCCCGCCCACGAUCCUCACGCGGGACAAACAGGGCCUCUCGCUAUUGUCUCACGUUACUGCAUCGCAGGUCGAGCCGAUCGCCGCCGUUCAGAAUCUCCCCUGCUCGCAGGCCAAGUUCAGCCCAGAUGGGACCCUCGUGGCCGUCGCAGCAGCGGGCGGCGGCGUUCGUCUCAUUCACGUGCCGUCCGGCGAGCAGCGGCUGCACAUGCCUCUGGAGGGUGUGCAGGCGCUCGCCUUCUCACCCCGGGGUUCCUAUCUGCAGGUGUUUCAACGGCCCUCAGCACCAGCGGGGGGCGGGCAGGCAGAGCCCAAUCUGACGGUGCGGCGGGUGAGCGACGGGGAGGUGGUGUGGCGGCAGGUGCAGAAGACGUUCAAUUCUGCCGCAUGGCCGAGCUUGCAGUUCAGCGCAGAUGAGUCUGUGGCUUGCCGCCCGGUGAACAACGAGGUGCAACUGUUCACCGGCGCUGACCUGGCGGCUGUCGCGGCCGCCCGGCUCAAGGUGCCCGGGAUGACGUCAGCACAGCUUGCGCCCUCGCCCCCGUCUCACAUCGCUGUGUUCGCCCCUGAGGCCAAGGGAGCGCCAGCCAGUGUGCGGAUAUUCACGCGAGACAGCGCCACCCCAUCCUCCUCCUCUGCCUCCCCACCCGCCCCCAUAGCACGACGCAGCUUCUUCAAGUGCAGUGCGGUGCGGCUGGUGUGGAACGUGGGGACCACUGCUGUGCUGGCAUGGACGCACUCUGACGUGGACAAGACCAAUCAGAGCUACUACGGCGAGUCGGGACUGCACUUCCUGGCGGCUGAUGGGAGCUUUGAGGGCGCCGUGCCUCUAUCGAAGGAGGGGCCGAUACACGACGUGAAGUGGUCGCCCAAUGGGAAGGACUUUGUGGUGGUGCAUGGAUUCAUGCCAGCCAAGGCCACACUCUUCGAUAAUCGCUGCAAGCCCCUCUUUGAUUUUGGCUCCGGCCCGCGCAACUUGGUUCGCUGGAGUCCCCACGGCCGAUUUAUUUGUCUUGCUGGCUUCGGCAAUCUUCCUGGUGACGUUGAGGUGUGGGAGCGCACACGACUGAAGCAGCAGGGGAAGGCCAAGGCGCCGUGCGGCGUGUCAGCUGAGUGGAGCCCCGACGGCCGGCACAUCCUUGUCGCCACCACUGCACCCCGUCUGCAGGUUGACAACGGCUUCAAGGUGUUCAAGUAUGACGGAUCUCUGCUGCUGCACCGACCGUACGGCCUGCUCUACCAGGCGGAGUGGGCGCCAGCACCAGAGGGCGUGUAUGCUGACCGCCCUCCCUCGCCUCGCUCUGCCAAGAGAGACCAAGCCUCACCAGGCGUAGUGCAGCCACCAGCCAGCAAGCCAGCACCCUACCGCCCACCCAACGCUGCCCUCAUGACCUCCACCUUCAGAGCACAGAUGUCAGGCGAGGAUGACAAGCCGCACAAGAUCGGCGCUCCAAAGAAGUACAUCCCCCCUGGGGCGGAGUCAGCAGAACCAUCCAAGAGUGCCAAGAAGAACGCCAAGAAGCGUGAGGCUGCUAAGGCCAAGAAGGAGGCUGCUUCACCUGAUCAGGCUAGUCAAGGCAAACAGGCGAACCAGCAGGCAGCCAGUGUUGCAGGGCUCAGCAUUGAUGACCAUCCCAAGGCACAGCAGGAGCAGCAACCAGCACCACAGCCACAAGGACAAGGCACCGACGAGGCAGCAGAGAAAGCAAAGAGAGUGCGCAACCUGGGGAAGCGGCUGCGGCAGAUUGAGGAGCUCAAGGCGCGAGUGGCAGCAGCAGGGGGCAGCACGGCAGGGCUGGAUGCGGCUCAGCGAGAGAAGCUGGAGCAGGAGGCAGCAGUGAGAGCCGAGCUGGCAUCUUUUCAGGGGUAG